GAAGAGAGAGAGAGAAAAAGUGAAGAAUGAUAGCCAUAAAUAAAUAUACACAUAAUUUCAAUUAUUAGCUCAAAGCCUUUCCUUCUUUGUCCUCUAUCCUCACACCAAACGCUCGAAAUAUCAACCCCCACUCCACCACCGUCACCGUCACCGUCGCACCCUCACCGCCUUCUCACCCUAUCAACGCCCUCACACACAUCACAACAGAACAAAACAAAUCUCCUUCACAAACACGAGACCCUAAAACCUUCGUUUCUCUUCCUUCUUUUUUUCUUCUGUCUUUCUUUAUUUCUUUCCCGUUUUGCCCUUUCGGUUCUCUUCAAUCUUCUCUCUCCUUUUUCUAUGGCUUCUUCGCUUCUUCUUCUUCUUCUCCUACUCCUUUACGUUUCUGUGAUUCAAUUCGCGUCUGCGUUUUCUUCUUCGUCUUCUUCUUCUUUGUGCCUUCCUCAGCCACCUUCGUUUCUGUAUAAUCUCCAAUCGCAGUGUCCAAUCUCGAUCCCGUCGAAUCCGCCUCUCCAGGUGGAUGGAGAUUUUUUAGACAGAGUUCUGUCUGGCAGCAAGAGUAUAGAGUAUAUUUCUAUACUCUUCUAUGCCUCCUGGUGCCCGUUUUCUCAAAAAAUGCUUCCUCAAUUUGAAACUCUUAGUUCGAUCUUUCCUCAAAUAGAACAUUUGAUUCUCGAGCAAUCAUCAGCUUUGCCAAGCUUGUUUUCUCGAUAUGGAAUCCAUAACUUGCCUGCAAUAUUACUAGUGAACCAGACAUCAGUAUUGAGAUAUUAUGGACCAAACAAUCUCCUUUCCGUGUCAGAAUUUUACGAAAGAAACACGAGGUUAGCGGCAACUAUUAAUAUUGUUGAUCAAGCUAGCAGCAUGACGAGUGAUGAUAAUUCGUCUAUGAAUCUGUUUGGUUUGUCUCUGAAAGAAACAUGGAGCAGGGACCCCUACUUGGUAUUCUCUGUAUUGUUUCUUUGUUUGAGGCUGCUCCUCUUUGUGUUCCCGAAGAUCGUCUCACGUCUCCGAGCAUUCUGGGUUUCUUGCAUUCCUCAUCUGAAUCUGCAAAUAUUUGGUGAGACGAGCCAAGUAAUGGGACGUGUGCUUCAGGUGAUAGAUGUCAGGAGGAUUUGGAACAGGUUAAGACUGUGCAAGAUUAGAAUUUUUCAGGAAAGGGCAAGGAGUGCCCGAGCUUGGGCUUCAUCUCUGGCUUCUGUUUCUCUUGGUGAGUCAUCAUCAGCUAGGUCAUCCACACAAGGCUUGCAGUGAAGCUUGGCAGCUCAUAGUCUUCUUCUCUCUUGCUAAUUUUGUUGUAGUAUACUAAUAGCCAAAUGUUGAUUUAUGUUCUAAGCUGGGUUUUGAGAGGAAGCGAACAGGCAUGUAAAUUUGAGAAGUGUUUCCUUUCGUGUAAAUUAGUUGUUUCUGAAUGAAAUCAUACACGUUACUGUGGAA